AUGGACUCCGGCGGGGAGAUUCGAAUCCACCAACAACGACGGCUUCCAGAUUUCUUACAAAGUGUAAAUCUAAAGCACGUCAAAUUAGGCUAUCACUACUUAAUCUCCAAUCUAUUAACCUUAUGCUUCAUUCCCUUAAUCAUAAUUAUCUCCAUCGAAGCCUCGCAGAUGAAUAUCAAUGAUCUCCGCCAUUUGUGGAUCCACCUUCAAUACAAUUUAGUCACAAUCAUCACCUGCUCCGCUUUUCUCGUCUUCGGUUUCACAGUUUUCGUUAUGACCCGGCCCAGACCCGUUUACUUAAUCGAUUUCGCCUGUUAUCGCGCUCCGGAUCAUUUAAAGGCACCGUUUAAUCAGUUCAUGGAGCAUUCGAGAUUGACUGGAGACUUCGACGCCACGUCGCUUGAGUUUCAACGCAAGAUUUUGGAGCGGUCUGGGCUUGGAGAGGAGACUUAUGUCCCUGAAGCAAUGCAUUACAUUCCUCCUAGGCCUUCGAUGGUGGCGGCGAGAGAAGAAGCUGAACAGGUUAUGUAUGGUGCGUUGGAUAAUUUAUUUUCUAAUACUCAUGUUAAUCCUAAAAGUAUUGGUAUUCUUGUUGUUAAUUGUAGUUUAUUUAAUCCAACACCGUCGCUUUCGGCUAUGAUUGUGAAUAAGUAUAGAUUAAGGGGGAAUAUUAGGAGUUUUAAUUUAGGUGGGAUGGGUUGUAGUGCUGGUGUUAUUGCAAUUGAUCUUGCCAAGGAUAUGUUACAAGUUCAUAGGAAUACUUAUGCGGUGGUGGUGAGCACGGAGAACAUUACUCAGAAUUGGUAUUUUGGGAAUAAAAAGUCUAUGUUGAUACCCAAUUGUUUGUUUCGUGUUGGGGGUUCGGCGGUUUUGCUUUCGAAUAAAUCUGGUGAUAAAAGGAAGGCUAAGUAUAAGCUUGUUCAUGUUGUGAGGACACAUCGUGGAGCUGAUGAUAAGGCAUUUCGUUGUGUGUAUCAAGAACAGGAUGAUGCAGGGAAGACUGGUGUUUCAUUGUCGAAAGAUUUGAUGGCGAUUGCGGGAGGGGCUUUGAAGACUAAUAUUACUACUUUGGGUCCUCUUGUGCUUCCUAUUAGUGAGCAGCUUUUGUUCUUUGCAACUUUGGUGGUUAAGAAGUUGUUUAAUAAGAAGAUGAUGCCUUAUAUUCCGGAUUUUAAGUUGGCAUUUGAUCAUUUCUGUAUACAUGCUGGAGGUAGGGCUGUGAUUGAUGAGCUGGAGAAGAAUUUGCAGCUCUUGCCGGUGCAUGUUGAGGCUUCUAGGAUGACUCUGCACCGGUUUGGGAAUACUUCAUCAAGUUCGAUUUGGUAUGAAUUGGCCUAUAUCGAGGCUAAACGAAGGAUGCGAAAGGGCAAUUGUGUGUGGCAGAUUGCAUUUGGAAGUGGUUUUAAAUGUAAUAGUGCAGUGUGGGAGGCACUCCGAAAUGUGAAGCCAUCUCCCAAUAGUCCCUGGGAAGAUUGUAUAAACAUGUAUCCCGUGAAGUUAGUUGCCUAG